GCUGACAAGAUAUUUAGACGACUAAUCCUGGGUGCGAGAAAUGACAUAGCACUUGAGACCUAUCUUGUCGAGUGUAUGAGUGGCCUUUAGAAGCCAUACGUCGAGCCAUGGCGUCAGGUCGUAAUUCCCGCGGCGAACCUGAACAGUCUUCUGAAGUACGCGUGCCGCUUAUUCAACCCGCCGGAAAACCCUCCGUCAUUACUACCUCGUCGACCAAUGGCAUCGCGCCAAGUUCUUCCUGUCUGCCGCGUCUUGCGGCGCCGAGUGGCGUAGGUGAUCUUAAUUGCGACGCAGGCGACGCGGGGAAUAGAGAGGAUUAUCCACCGUCGGAUGAGGAUGAGAUCGUCGGGCCGCACUCCCCGCGUGCGGGGCUGAAACGGUCACUCACCGUGGUCGACGGUAUCAGCAUGCUGCUGGGCGUGGUGGUGGGCAGCGGCAUAUUCGCCACGCCCGGCGUUGUGCUGCUGGACUCCAAUGGCUCACCGCUGCUGGCGCUGCUGCUGUGGCUGGUGGCGGGGAUAGUGGGGUAUGCGUGCUGCGAGGUGUAUGCGGAGCUCGGGAGUUUCAUCCCCCAUGCAGGAGGCGAUGGGGAAUACCUACAGGUGGCCUUUGGAGAGCUCGCUUCGUUUGUCUUCAUGUGGAUGUUCUUUUUUGUCUCUACUGGCGGAGCCCUGUCGAUCUUAGUCGUCACGUUUGCACGAUACGCUGUGGCAUUGUUACCAGGAGCGGCAGCAGGAGGGGAGGCGGAGAUGGAAGUGAUGGUGAUGGUGGUGGGAGGGGGGUGCGUGGUGCUGCUUACUCUUAUCAACUGCUGUGGAGUGGAAGCAGGCACGUGGCUGCAGAACCUCCUCUCUCUCUCCAAGACUCUCCUCAUCGCCAUCAUCCUCUCAGCCGCCCCAGCCUUCCUGCUCCUGCAAGGCACCUCUGUUGCUGCGGCCAACCUGCUUCAGCCGCUCCCCCCUCUGGAGUCGCUUGACUGCAGCAGGCUGGGCGCCGGGCUGGUGGCUGCCAUAUGGGCCUUCGAUGGGUGGAACUGCCUGGGCUUUCUCUCAGAGGAGCUCAAGGACCCAAAGAGGGACCUGCCUCGGUCUUUGUCAAUUGGCAUGCUGGUUGCCGUUGUUAUCUGUCUGUCCGCCAACGUGGCAUAUCUCUGCAUCCUUCCCGCUCAAGCUAUCAGCGAGUCCCAGGUGGUGGCUGUGGAUUCAGUGGCGCUGGUGUUCGGCCCAGCAGCAGGCCGGCUGGUGGCUCUGCUGGUGGCGUUCAACGUGCUGGGGUCCGCCAAUGGGACGCUGCUGUGCAACGCGAGAUACUUUUACGCCAUGGCCCGGGAGGGCAAGCUCCCUCGCUUCUUUGGGGCUGUCACUAAAGCGGGUGCUCCCUACGCUGCUCUGUGCCUUAUAGGUGCUUGGACCAUGGUGCUUCUCUUCUUUGCUGCCAAUCAGCUUGAGAAGCUCCUUGACUACUUUGGCAUUGCCACGUGGAUAUUCUACGGAGCGGUAGCAGCAGCUCUUUUUAAGCUCCGAUGGGCAUUUCCCGACGGCCCAAGGCCGUAUGAGGCGCGCUUCUACCCACUGCCUCCCAUCAUUGCUCUGGUCGCCGCAUUCUUCCUUGUGGUGACAUCAAUAUUCGCUCAUCCAGUUCCUUCCGCAGCUUCACUUGCUUUUGUGUUUGUUGCUUUUCCAUUAUAUUAUAUCAAAAAGUGGUUCCAAUGGCAAGGGCAGCCUUCCACCAAUCCAAUCAAUUGGGCACUGUUGCAAUAACCGCUAUCUUCUGGUUUAAUUUUGACUUCGAAAUAUUCAUGUGUGCUUUCCCUUAGCUUCCAAGUUUCAAGUUUAAUUUCAUGUGGGCA